UACGUUAGUUUUGCCUGCACUCCACGGAUGAACGGUAUGGAAUCGCGGUUAUAAAUGGAAGUACCUUCAAAAUAGGAAAAGAACAUAACACUUUCCGGGAAAUAUACAACACUAUUGCGGAUAAUACUGGACUUGGUACUUAUUUACAGUAAAAAGUUCCAGCAUGGGCUGUUUGGAGUCCAAGAAUGAUGAGGAGUCCAUCAGCAAGGCCAUGGGCAAUGAUGACUUCCUGAACAAGUCACAGUCAGCCCAUUACGUCAAAGACCCCACAUCUGGGAACAAAGCUAGUAGAAGCUACUCCUCUAAUCUCCCUGCUGAUGGUUUAGAAAGCAUCGUGAUUGCGCUGUAUGACUAUGAGGCCACGCACGAAGGAGACCUUGGCUUCAAGAAGGGGGACAGGCUGAAAGUUCUACAAGAGUCAGGGGAGUGGUGGAUGGCAAUGUCCAUCAGCACGGGACAGGAGGGCUACAUCCCUAGUAACUAUGUAGCCAAAGACAGCCUGGAGACAGAGGAGUGGUUCUUCAAAGGAGUCAGCAGGAAAGAUGCGGAGAGACAGCUGCUGGCAUCAGGAAAUCGAGUCGGAUCCUUCAUGAUCCGUGAAAGCGAGACCUCCAAAGGCAGUUACUCUCUCUCAGUGAGAGACAGUGAUGGUCACUCAUGCGACACGGUCAAGCAUUAUAAGAUCCGUACUCUGGACAAUGGUGGCUUUUACAUUUCUCCCAGGAUAACUUUCAUCACCCUACAGGAAUUGGUCAGCCAUUACCAGAAACAAGGUGAUGGGCUUUGCCAGGCCCUAACAGUCCCAUGCCUCAACCCUAAGCCACAGAAGCCUUGGGAGAAGGAUGCCUGGGAGAUCCCCCGGGAGUCCCUGAAGCUGGAAAAGCGUCUUGGUGCAGGGCAGUUUGGGGAAGUCUGGAUGGGCAUGUAUAACAAGCACACCAAGGUGGCAGUGAAGACAAUGAAGCCGGGCAGCAUGUCAGUGGAGGCCUUUCUGGCUGAGGCCAACCUGAUGAAGACGCUACAUCAUGACAAGCUGGUGCGGCUUUACGCCGUGGUAUCCGAGGAACCCAUCUACAUUAUCACAGAGUUUAUGGAGAAGGGCAGUUUACUUGACUUCUUAAAGAGCGAUGAAGGGAACCGUGUCCAACUUCCGAAGCUCAUUGACUUUUCAGCGCAGAUUGCAGAGGGCAUGGCCUACAUUGAGCAGAGGAACUACAUCCACAGAGACCUGCGAGCCGCCAACAUCCUUGUCUCUAAGGCCCUGGUCUGCAAGAUUGCUGACUUUGGACUGGCUCGCAUCAUAGAGGACAACGAGUACACUGCAAGGGAAGGAGCCAAGUUCCCCAUCAAGUGGACGGCACCGGAGGCCAUCAACUAUGGCUCCUUCACCAUAAAGUCUGACGUGUGGUCCUUCGGCAUCCUCCUGACUGAGAUCAUCAGCUAUGGGCGCACCCCAUAUCCAGGAAUGACACACCCAGAGGUGAUUCGAUCCCUGGAGAGAGGCUACCGGAUGCAGCGUAUGGACAACUGUCCAAAAGAGCUUUAUGACAUCAUGCUAAUGUGCUGGAAUAAAAAGCCAGAGGAGCGGCCCACCUUUGAUUACCUGCAGAGUGUGCUUGAAGACUUCUACACAGCAACAGAGAGCCAGUACCAGCAGCAGCCAUAACCAACACGCAGACAUUCACACACACAAA